AUGUUUGUGGCAUCGCUCAUCUCGCCUUGGGCCCUUCUUCUCCUACCAGUCCUAUACUACAUUCUUCCAUAUCUCCGAAACUGGGCUCUCUUAAAGGUCCCUGGCCCUCUCCCCGCCGCCCUCUCGAAUCUAUGGUUGAUGUACCAAUGUCGGCGAGGGCGAAGGUAUCAGGUUGUCGAUGACCUGCACAAGAAAUACGGCAAGGUCGUGCGCAUCCAACCAAAUCAUGUCUCAAUCGCCGACGACAGUGCCAUCAAUACCAUUUACGGCCAUGGUAACGGAUUCCUUAAGAGUGAAUACUAUGACGCUUUCGUAUCCAUUCGUCGUGGCCUGUUCAACACUCGCGACCGGGCAGAGCACACUCGCAAGCGCAAAGUCGUCUCUCAUACCUUCUCUGCCAAGUCCAUUGGCCAAUUCGAACAGUACAUCCACGCCAACUUGGAGCUGUUUGUGCAAAAGUGGAAGAAUCUUUCUAACAACAAGAAGAAUCCGCAAACCGGCUAUGCAUCGAUUGAUUCUCUUCACUGGUUCAACUACCUCGCCUUUGACAUUAUUGGCGACCUUGCGUUUGGGCAGCCAUUCGGCAUGCUGGAGAAGGAGAAGGACAUUGCAGAGAUCCGCAAGUCCCCCGAUGCUCCACCUACUACUGCCCCAGCAAUCGAAGUCUUGAAUCGUCGAGGUGAGGUGUCAGGCACACUGGGCUGCCUACCGCAAUUGAAACCUUACGCCAAAUACCUCCCUGACCCAUUCUUCAGCCAAGGUGUCGAAGCGGUGGAAAAUCUCGCAGGUAUCGCCAUUGCGCGAGUCAAGCAGCGACUGGAAAAUCCCAAUACUGAUCGAGUGGACCUUCUCGCUCGUCUUAUGGAAGGCAAGGACGCCAAUGGCGAAAAGCUAGGACGCGAAGAACUGACCGCCGAGGCCCUGACGCAACUCAUUGCGGGAUCCGAUACCACCUCCAAUACCGCCUGUGCGAUCUUGUACUAUGUUGUACGCACCCCGGGUGUGCUCGAGAAAUUGCAAAAAGAACUUGACGCAAACAUUGGCCCGGGUGUCCCCCAGUACGAGCAAGUCAGGGACCUCGAGUAUGUGCAAUGGGUGAUUAAUGAGACCAUGCGGAUCCACUCCACCUCGUCGCUGGGUCUUCCCCGUCUCACGCCCCUGCCGACACCUGAGCACCCGAAUCCCAAACCUGUCGAAAUCCUAGGCUACACUUUCCCUCCCGGCACUGCUCUGUCCGUUCCCUCGUAUACGAUCCAUCACUCCAAGGAAAUCUGGGGUCCUGACGCCGACGAAUUCGUCCCUGAGCGCUGGUCGGAAAAGCGACUCACGCCGCGACAAAAGGAGGCUUUUAUCCCCUUCUCGGUCGGACCCAGGGCCUGUGUCGGCAGGAACGUCGCUGAAAUGGAACUGAAAUGCAUGGUCGCAACAGUAUUCAGGAACUUUGAGUUCCGAGACGAGCAUGAGGGCCCGCUACAGACAAGGGAGGGCUUCCUCAGAAAACCUUUGGGAUUUAACGUUGGCAUUCGUGUGAGGGCUAAUGCUUGA